UCAACAAAUGGUCCUUCGAGCCGGAUUGUGUUGACAGCUUUUCCUAAUGACGACAUCAUGAUGAGGAAGAGGAGCAAGGUGCUCGUCCUAGACGGACCCACAGGGUCAGGAUGUUACAGAGCACACUACAGAUGUCGAUGGAGCCCGGUAGGGGUACGCCACAUGCUCACCAGCUUACGCCUGGACGUGCUGUUGGUCCGCCUCUCCUCUAUUCAGACAUCAGACGACCUGCAAUCAUCACUGAUGAAGGCCGUGUGGAUAUGCCUCCACCUACAUCACCUACCUCGAUGCAGUCAUUACCUGCUGUGUUCCACACAUUGCCUCCAAAUGUACAUUCCUUCUCUUUCCAGCCACCUCGUCAGCAUCAAGCAUCCCUCCUCAGUCCAUCACAAGCUCCAGUCCAACUGCCUCCUGGGUUUGUUUCCCCAGGACAUCAAGUCCCCUCUCCUCAAAUGCCUGUCUCAGCUAUGCAUCCCCCUCUGGUGCCACGGCCUGGAUCUGCUCCAGCUGGCCUACCAUAUCCACCUCUGCUACAGCAACAGCAGUACAGGGAGCAGCAGCCUCCAGCACAUUCAACUGCAUGCCCAUCACCUCCGUCUCCUGUUGUUUGGCAACCUGCUCCUCCUCAGGCACAUCCAAAUCCUAUACAGGACCCACGGCACGGGCCUGCUAUGAUUCCCAGCAUAAACUCACUUCCUUUGGGGCAGCCUCCUGUUCUCCAAUCACAGCA